AUGUCCACCGGCUCGGUGAGCGACUCCGAGGAGAUGGAGCUGCGGGGGCUGCAGCGGGGGUACACGAUCCCCGCCCCCAAGAGGCCGCCCCUCCGCGGCGCCGAGUGCAGCUGCGCCUCGCCCAGUGACAACUCGUCGGCAGAGGAGGAGGACCCCGACGGCGAGGAGGAGCGCUGCGCGCUGGGCGCAGCCGGCGGCGGCGGCGCUGGAAACUGCAAGAGGAAGCGGCCCCGUGUGGCUGGGGGCGGCGGCGCAGGUGGCGGCGCAGGCGGCGGUGGCAAGAAGCCCCUCCCGUCCAAGGGCUCGGCCGCCGAGUGCAAGCAGUUGCAGCGGAACGCGGCCAACGCCCGCGAGCGCGCCCGGAUGCGCGUGCUCAGCAAAGCCUUCUCCCGCCUCAAGACCAGCCUGCCCUGGGUGCCCCCCGACACCAAGCUCUCCAAGCUGGACACGCUCCGGCUGGCUUCCAGUUACAUUGCGCACCUGCGGCAGCUGCUGCAGGAGGACCGCUACGAGAACGGCUACGUGCACCCGGUGAACCUGACGUGGCCAUUCGUGGUCUCGGGACGACCCGACUCUGACACCAAAGAAGUUUCCGCAGCCAGCAGACUAUGUGGAACCACCGCUUAG